AGUAAGAAGAGGAGGUGGAGAAAGAGGAGGUGCCUGAGCCUGAGGAGGCGGAAUAUGCAGAGUCUGAACAAGCUCUCAAAGCGCGGGUACAGACGGGAGUUAAUAUAAACGUGCUGCCCUUCACUCGGGGCUAUCAGGGGCUAAGAAAACAGCGCUACCUCUGUCACUGACCUCCGGCGCUUCAAAGAGACAGCGGGACGCGCUGAGCUCCAUCCCAUGUAGAGCGGCCAGCGGCCAUGGCCACGCUGGAGGGCUGCCGCUGUCGGGGUGCCAGCGGCCGAAACAAUAACAGCAUCCUCUACAACAUUUUGAAGAGUGACAGCCUUGCGACUGCCGAGGAGCAACAACAACAACAACAACAACAACAACAACAUCCCCAACAACAACAAACCCUGCAACAAUUGUUUCACAAGACCUCCUCCACCGCCGCCCCAGCCUCUCUGCAGGAGCUCCGGCAGCAGACUUGCUCCUGCGGCUCGACCCGGCGCAGAGGUAUCCUCCGCUUCCCACAGGUGACGUGCAAAGCCGCCUCGGCGGUUCUGGUGAAGACGCUGCGGUUCGUGAAAAACGUCCCCUGUUUUCGCGAGCUGCCGGAGGACGACCAGCUGAUGUUGAUCCGGAGCGGCUGGGCACCCUUGCUCGUGCUGGGACUCGCACAAGACCGAGUGGACUUUGAGACCACGGAGACCGUGGAGCCCAGCAUGCUGCAGCGCAUCCUCACGGGUUUACCAGACAGGCAGAGCGAGGUGCCGGCUGGCCAAAGCAGGGGGGCAGCCGGGGUCUCUGUCGUGGAUAUCGAAGCUAUCAAAGCCUUCCUGAAGAAGUGCUGGAGUGUAGAUAUCAGUACGAAGGAGUAUGCGUACCUGAAAGGAGCUGUGCUGUUCAACCCAGAUGUGGAGGGUUUGCGCUGCCUCCACUACAUCCAGUCUCUGCGUCGGGAAGCGCACCAGGCUCUGAACGAGCACGUCAGGCUGAUCCACCGCGAGGACACGACGCGGUUCGCCAAACUGCUCAUAGCUCUGUCCAUGCUGAGGGCCAUCAACCCGCUGGUGGUCGCACAACUCUUCUUCAGACCCGUUAUAGGGGCCGUCAACAUCGAGGAGGUGCUCAUGGAGAUGUUCUACGGGAAAUAGGUCACAGUCCACAGUGCACUGAGGUGAAUUCAGCAGAUUCAGAUGCCAGAUGGACUGAAAUGCUCCAAUCUCUUAUUGAGUAUGAGAUGUGGGAAGAUGAAGAGGAUAAUAGGGACUGAAUUUACAACUACUGUGUGUUGGAGAUCUUCAAGGACUGUGACAGUGACCAACACAGCCUAAGUGUGUGCGUGUGUGUAUGAGAGAAUGAGAAGAGAGAGUGUGUUGAGGGCAAACUAUGUUAUAAUAGAGGAAAAAACAAAGCAGCUGCUGGAAUUCAUAACUUAUUUGUUUUUAUAUAAACUAUUUUUCUAUAAUAAAGAAAUACUCUCAGAA